CCGUGUUCCGACGGUCCAGAUCGGCCCCCCGCGAAAGCCUUCAAAGAAAACCUCAUCUAUGCCUCUUCACCGGCUGCGGUUUGCUCUGUGCGAAAGCAAAGCCUUAUACACGCCCCAAACCCUCCCCCUUGCCACCACGAUCAUCUCGCCCUCGCAAAUUAGCGCAGUUAUCUCCUUUCUCUCCUCCCAAAUCCUCCCGCGGGCGUAGGUCGGUGUCAUUUUCUAUUUCCUCUUCUCCGUUCGCUUUUUCCUCAAAUAAGUAGUAUGGUGGUGAUGCUUUCUAGGUCUGGCUUCGAUUUCCCUGGGCAAAUGAGUGUUUGUGCGUGUCCUUGGUAAAAUUGAGGUUUUGCCAGUGCUCGUAGCUGUGCGAGAACGUUCGUGCGUGCGGUGUGAAGGGGGUUUUCGUUGUUAUGAGUUAAGCAUGGUGUCGAUGGACGCGCGCAUUUCGUUAUUUUUGUGAUGUAGGUUCAUGUUUUGGAUGUUAAAUUGAGUGGAGAUAGAUCAGUAUGAAGCUGAGGGUGGUAUGUAGGAAACUAUAUGAUUAUGUUCGCUAUGAUCUAAAGGAAAUUGCUUUUCCUUCCUCUCUGCCUGACCCCCCACAUAUCAAGAAACGAAGGAAACUUACGUGGAGAGAGCGAUGGUAUGUCUUGAAAGAAGCAUCUAGACUUUAUGCUGCUAGCUGGGUGCGGGAUAUUGGUCCCGAUCUUAGACCAAAUGACUAUAAAAAUGUCACAAAUGAUGAUGGUGGACUUCGUCAAGAUAAGACUACAUCUGCAAGAAGAGAACAAUCAACAUUGGAAGAUCUUGCAGUGGCAGCUCGAGGUGGAAUGGAGACAUUAAGGCCUGCUCUGCAGCGUGUGUAUAUGAUGCGUGCCUCAGCAUACAAAGAUGCACUUAAAAGCUUUAUACAAGGGUACCAGGAAGGGAUAAAGCAAGUCAUGGAAGGAAAGGAAGGUGAAAAGUCUCAGGCGCAAGAGAACGAUGUAAAGAAGUCUAGUUGAUAUCUUUUCACCAAGAAAGUUUGUCAGGUAUUCACCAGCUGGUGCCUAGUCAAAAUUUUGUUAUAUAGAUUAAUUGUUCGAAUUCUAUCGAGGAUAUUAUCUUCCUGGCUUAUGAUAGGUUUCGCCAACUAGUUAUGAUUUUUUUUCCUUCAUAGUGAAUUGUAGGCUUGUCUAAAUCUUUCUUUUUCUUGUGAUUCUCGUUUUUGAAAAUGAAAAAUUUUAAGAUACAUUUUGCAAUUAA